UCCACACCCAAACCAGUAAACACAUAUCAUCGUACUGAAGGCCCAAAGAAAACCAAUCACAUCUUAUUCACAAACCACCAUGUCUGACGGCCAUCACCACCACCACCACCACAGUAACCACCGCCACAAAGAAAAUCCGGCCGGCGAGAUUGAUUACAAAAAGGAAGAGAAACACCACAAGCAUAAGGAACGUCUUGGAAAGCUAGGAGCUGUUACUGCUGGUGCCUUCGCUUUGCAUGAGAAGAAGAAGGCGAAGAAAGAUCCAGAACAUGCACACAGUCACAAGAUAAAGGAGGAGAUCGCAGCAGCUGUUGCUGUUGGAGCUGGUGGAUAUGCCGUUCACGAGCAUCACAAGAAGAAAGAAGCAAAGAAGAAAUAUGAAGAGGCUCAUGGAAAGAAGCAUCAUCACUUCUUUCAUUGAUUUUAUUAACUUAUCAUGAAUAUAUAAAUAUAUAUAUGGAUUUGGGGAUCUCAACGUAUACUUCUCUCUUGAUUUAUUAUACAUGCUCUCCUGGUUAUUACAGUACUCUGUGUUUCUACACAAAGUAACCUUGCACAAUAUUACGAGAGGACACGUGACAGAACAAAUGAGGAGAGAAGCUGAAUUCAGAUUUGGAUUUGUAAUAAUAUUGUUUGUGAUUUACUUUUGAAAUAUUGAUUGGUGUUAUUUAUAUGCUUCGUUUGUGUAGUAUAGGAAUUUAAUUAAUAAUAUAUGUGAUUUAUCAUUUA